AAACUAAUAUUUUGUCUUAAUAACUCAGAAACACACUACCUAAAAAAACUACAAACUGUUUCAGCAACAAUGGCUGAAAAAACAAAAGAGGCCGCUUUGGCAGAAAUGGACUUGAUCUUUCUGGACGCAAUCCUGCCGAGGUGCUGCAGGGCAAUCACCACCAACCAAGCGAUGUACAAGGACUACAGCGUCGAUAAGCCCAAGCGAACCAUCACCGCAUUUCGGAAGCAAACGGAUCCUGCCCUGAUUUCAGGUCAUUAUGCAAACAACCUGAAGGUUCGGGGGCAGGAGUUAAAGACCAGGACAUGGCCACGAUCAAUGGACUGGCGGGAGGAAUACGCCCAGUUUGUCAAGCGGAACGAGUGGUGCAACGAGGAGAUCUACAAGCUCUUCUUCGUCUGUCCACCUGUUGAAUAUACGCAAAUCAAGGAGUAUCUGCAAGACCUGAUGAAAACCACCUAUACCUCGGAUUACUCGCCCAACCAUUACAACUCGCUCAAAAGUCAACGUAAUGAUAAGGCUCAAGUGUACUCUGAUUUUGGAGAAAUUGACUAUCGGACGACCUACGGCAACUACCAUAAUCGCAUCCAGGAGGUGUCGCCAUUCAAGGAGGGUCUUAUCCCAGAACCGGGAUCAACAGUUAAACCGAUGGGCAUAGGCAAGUUUGCCAAGGAGAUGCGAAAACUGUUCACCAAGUACAAUCUCACGACCUAUUACGAGACCAUCUGCCUCCCAGCACUGAUAAAGGCAAAGGAUGGUAUCAUGCCAUCGGGACCAAUCGAUCGGUACACUCUUCGCAAGCAAUGAAUGUCAUCUGAAAAAUCUGUCCGCCCACAACAACACAGCUACAGCGAUUAUGCAAUCGUGUUUUUAAAAUUGUACUGAUUGUAACUUAAUAAGCUUUUAAUUAUUUCACCAAAA